ACUUAAGAACUCGAGCCAUGACUUCCAACAAUACGAUGCUACUCAGUACUAUCUGCCCUCACAAGGCUUUGAAGCAAUACCGGAUCAUCUAACGGGCGGACAGGAUGGGUACCUGUCCACCCACGUACGAAUCAUCGUAUCUACUAUGCGUACUGCAGUCAAGGAGCCCGGAAGCGUGGUGGUUACUACAGUGCCUUUUGUGUCCUGAACGAGGACUCUUUUGCACCCUCAUUUCACAGUUAUGUUUUCUGAAGAUUUCACUACAUAGAUGUACAUACUUCUCCAGAGCAGGUAAAGUGCAAGUCAACAAAACCAGUGAUGACAAUGAAGUCACUAAGACGCUCUCUGAUCAUCGUCCACUUUGUAGGCUACACGUCUUGUUCCGGCCGUUAGGUGUCACCACACCAACUAAUGGAAGUUUCAAUUUCAAGAUAACAAAUGCUGCAAGCAAAGAAACAAAGUCACAGCUUAUUGACCGUAACCAAAGGCCCAAAUACAUACAUGCCCUAACGGCAUACCUUCUCGCUAACUCUAGCUGCCAACACGGAAUCACCCAUCCCCCUCUACCCAAUCCUGAGAACAAAUCCACUUACCGCGGACUCUCGGAUACGGAUAACUACAUUAAAAGACGGUACAUACCUACAUACCUCUACUCAACUACCUUAGCGCCCACAUACUAGUCCUAGAGGUACACUCCCAUCACUAUACCCAAGUGUUCCGUCUAUCUCCAUGUCAUGUAAGACAAACUGUGCAGUCGACCACACUCUCCCCACCGGCAGCGGCGGAGGUUGGCCGUCUUGGAGUUUGUCAACGUGUGUCUAUCCGUGUGUGUGUUGGCACUAUAAGG